AUGACUUUUGAGAUUCAAAUGUUUCAGACCAUAUAUUCUAACAACCUAUGCCUGCUUCAGACACUGACUGUUUUGCUGCUGUUGGCUUCUGUAGAUGGGCAAGCUGCAGAUCUUCCAAAGGCAGUGGUGAACAUCGAGCCCCCAUGGAUCAAUGUGCUCAGGGAGGACUAUGUGACUCUGAAGUGCCACGGGGCAUACAUCCCGGGUAACCACUCCACCCAGUGGUUCCACAGAGGGAGCCUUGUGCCAACUGGGGUCCAGCCCAGCUACCGCUUUAAGGCCGCCUUGGAUGACAGCGGAGAUUACAGGUGCCAGACACCCCUGACCAGCCUCAGCAACCCAGUGCAGCUGGAAGUGUUUUCUAAAUGGCUGUUGCUACAGACCCCUAAGCUGGUGUUUCAGGAGGGGGACCCCAUUGCGCUGAGAUGCCACAGCUGGAGGGAUAAGUGUCUGUACAAGGUCACGUUCUUCCAGAAUGGAAAGUCCACGAGUUAUUCUAAUACAAAUUCUAACUUCUACAUCCCACAAGCAAACCACAGCCACAGUGGAGAUUAUCACUGCACAGGUUAUCUAGGAAAUCUGCUUCACCAGUCACACACUGUGACCAUCACUGUCCAAGGUUCAACAAUACCAUCCAUGCCACCACUCUUUCUAUCUUGGUAUCAAGUCACUUUCUUCCUGGUGAUGGGACUGCUGUUUACAGUGGACACGGGUCUGUAUCUCUUUCUGCAGAGAGAACUUCAAAGCUCAAAGGGCAACUGGAAGAACCGCAAGGCCAGAUGGAACCAGGGUCCUCAAGAUAAAUGA